UCUCUCCCGUCGGGGAACAACCCCUACCUGUGACGCUUUUAAGAAAUUUACUUUUUUUAUUUCAAAAAAUUUUUAGCCAACUUUCAAUUUUGCUUUAUAUAGAGGCUUUUGAUAUUUUUGAAGUAAAGUCAAAUAUAUUUAUGGAAAAACUAGAAGAAUUAGAUAUUUAUAGUAAUGAUUUUGUUGUUGAAUUUACUCACAAUAAUUGUGUAUAUUCACGCAGCCAAAUGUUAAAGCCUUUGAGAGCAGCCGAACGUGAAAAUGAUAUUAUUUACCCAGCUAAUUUUAGAGUUUUAACUGACACUUUUAAUGUUAUUCAACCAUUUUUGCUUAUAAUUUUUUAUUAUCCUAUACUUCCAAGUGGACAAACAGAAUUAACAAUACCAGAAUGCUAUGAAAUUAUAAAUAAAAGCUGUAAUAUUUUUAAAAAUUAAUUCUCCCCUCUUCCUUUAUUUUAAAUCUUAAAUUUUUGUUUAGCUUAGAAAUUAACGAAUUUUUUCAAAUAUUUGAAAAGUUUAUUUAGCAAGUAGGGUUCUUCGGUUCUGAACCGAACCGAAGAACCGAGGAUUUUCAGUUCGGUUUCAGAUAUCCAAAGAAUUCCCAGGAACCG